AUGCUCCUAGCACACAAACCACAUCCUCCGCCCUUCAUGUCGCCUAACAUAUCACAUCGUCGUCAUCCUUCGGCUCCUCCAGCAGUUGUAGUUCAAGCAACGAAAACACCUGGCUUGCUUUUCAUCUCCAAGCAGCCUUCACGACCCUCAACUCCUCGUAGCCAUCCACAGCAGCUCCCUCAAAGUCAUCAGAAACAACAUCGGUCUCCAAGGCCGAAACAGAGACAGCUCGUCCCUCAUUCCCAGGGCCGUGCAACACAGCCUCCAAUCUCAGAGUCAUGCGAUGAACCCACCAAGCCCUCCUCACAGAAAAAUAAGGGAACGACGAGCCCUUCUUCGAAUGCGCAAGCCCGACGCAGCAACAUUCGUCAACCUUCACCACCUAUUCUCUCGCAGGCUGAGGGUACAACAUCUCCGACGCAAACUUUUACCCGUCACAAUAACAAUCCCGCAUCCAAUUCCUUUGAUCCCUUUGUUGUCAGUUCCGAUUCUGAUUCGGACAACUCGCUUCCACCCAUGACCUUGACGUCCAAGAAUAUUUCUUCGCCAGCUCCUUCCUUGACGUCUCAGCCGGCCGGAAAACUUGCUGUUCGUCGCCGUCGCCCUUUCCCACAGCAAAUUGCCACACCCACCCCUUCCACUCGGGCAGUUCCUGUCCCUAGAUCUAAUAUUCAGACACCUCGUCACAAUCUCUCUCGUUCGGCCCCCAGCCAGUCCGCUGUACCACUCCGAACCGCACGGCGCACUUCCGCCGGCUCUGUCACAGAUUUCCCGGUCUGUGAUGACACCACUGAUGUUGAUGAUGAUAAUUCUCCUCUAUCAACCCCCACUCGCGAGAGAUCCGCUGGGACUUGGCAACAGCUUACAUUCGAGGGAGGCCCUCGCACAGCACCGCUUAAUGCGAGCACAGGGUUCCCGUUUGGUGGGCAGUUGAGCUGCAACACUCCGUCUCCAUCCCGCAAACAUUUCAGAACGCCCAGUGAGGGUGUUUUUCACAUGUCCUUUGACGAGGACAUGGCAUCGGCUUCUGAUGCCUCGGAAGAUCAGAGGAAGUUGUUUGGCUUCAUGUCAAGGAAGCCUGGGUCAGUUGGACCGAGCAUCACCCGCGCUGCUAAGGACAAGGCUGGGUUCUUCGCGAGUUCAGUAUUCCAAAACUCGCCGAGUCCCGACGAGUUGCCUCCACCCGCUUUUUGA